GAGGUGACAGCCAUGACAACCCUUUUUAAUCAGCCCGACAGGUCUGGAAUAUAGACCCGCCCACGAUGAAUUCUCCUGCUUGACCCUCAUGCUGGCCCUUCCCGACAAUCCGCUGCUGCAAAUAAACCUGAGCACUCAAAUUCUAUGCUACAUUUUCGUAACGUUGCCGGUGGCGUUUAGGCUGGUGAUUUGGAGAGAAAUAGGACGGCCCUUUGGCGUUGAAGAUGUGACUUGCUUUGUUGCCUGGCUCUUGUUUAUGGGCUAUUAUGGUUUCACUGGCGGUGCAGAAGGAAUGGCUGGUCUGAGCGUCAAUCAGAUUGAAACUAGCUUCAAGAUCUCCUAUGUGUCAACCAUAUUCUAUGCGCCCUUGGCGCUCUUUGUUAAGGCCACUCUGCUGCUGGUGUUGGCCAAAGUUUGGAGGCCCUUCCGGAGCAUCAUAGUAGUCGAUAUCAUUCUUGGCCUAAUUGUGUCCUACUACAUCGCAAUACUUUUCGUCAAGACCUUUAUCUGCUGGCCGAUCUCAGCGUACUGGACGAAGUUGACGAGGCCAGGCGGACAGUGCCUCAAUCGUCGCGCAGUGAUCAUUGCAGAUUCCCUCAUUAGCGUGAUCUCCGACAUUGCGAUCUUGGUGCUUCCUAUUAUCUUCACCUGGUCAUUGCACAUGUCUUUGAAGAUAAAGGUGAAGGUGAUCGCACUCCUGGGGUUAGGCGGUAUUGCUGUAGGUUUCAGCCUAUAUCGCCUGGUUCUAGUCAUCUUGAAUGGAGAUGACCCAGAACAGACAUUAUUCUUCCUGAGGGUUCUAUUAUCCGGAAAUGCCGAGGGAGGGAUCGGCCUCAUAUGCGCUUGUCUGCCAGCUCUAAGCAAGUAUAUAACUCGUCGGAGGGCGAGGACGUUAUCCUCGACAAACCGACCGACAAAACAGGCACGGAUCCCACUACGACGUAUCAAUGAUGGAUCCGAGAGCUACGAUAGCGUUGAUGCAUCGUUCCAGAGCCCCCUGGAAACCGACGCCUGGCCAGGCUCCGCGGAAUCCCCACAGUUGAAUGCGCGCCCAAUAUGAGCUCAUUACCCGAAAGAGUGCCUUUUCACACAAUAUCAAUGGACCUUCAAACAAAACAUCGGUUACAUUCGAGACCGACUUCCU